CCGACCCUGGCGGCAACGAGGUUAUAAAUCCCCUCUAAAACCUUGCAUUAUUCCGCCUCUUAGAAAAACCCUAUUUCCUUCUCUCCAUUUUCCAUCCUUUCGAUACACUCCUGUUUCUCUAACCUCCUAUCUUAAACAUCAAUGGAGUUCUGGGGUGUUGAAGUUAAAGCUGGAAAGUCACUUAAGGUUACUCCUGAAAUGGGAAAAGUCAUCCAUAUUUCCCAGGCGGCUUUGGGGGAUGUUAAGGAAAAAGGAAGUGGUUUGAUCCCACUUCGUGUGAAUGUUGAUGAUCAGAAACAUGUAUUGGGAUCACUCUCAUCUGAAACCAUUCCACAAGUCAGCUUUGAUCUCGUGUUUGAAAAGGAAUUUGAAUUGUCCCAUGGCUGGAAAAAUGGGAGUGUUUAUUUCUGUGGUUAUUCUGCAGAUGCUCCAAUUGAUGAUGACUCUGAAUUUGGUGAUGAUGAUGAUGAGGAGGAUGAGGAUGAAGAUGAAUUGGAAAUUGUCCCUUCACCUGUGAUUGAGAAUGGAAAGAAAGUGGAGGCAAAGAAGGGCAAAGCGGGAAAGACAAAGGUGGUGGAACCUGAGGAAAGCUCUGAUGAUGAGGAUGAAGACUCUGAUGAGGACAUGCUGGGUUCUGAUGAUGAAGAUGAUUCAGAAGAGGAGGAGACUCCAACUCCAAAAAAGCCUGUUAGUAAGAAGAGAACCAAUGAUUCUGCUACAAAGACUCCUGUUCAGACUAAGAAAGCCAAGGCUGAGACUCCUCAAAAGUCAGAUGGAAAGAAGGGUGGUCAUGUAGCAACUCCUCAUCCUGCAAAGAAAGGUGAUAAAUCAUCAGCAGCAAAAGCAGCAGCUCAAUCCCCAAAAUCUGAUAGCAAAUCUAUUUGCAAAUCUUGCUCAAAGACUUUCAACUCUGAAAAAGCUCUAGAUUCUCACUCAAAGGCAAAGCAUGCUGAGAAAUAGGGUGUUUUGUUUGUCAUAUAUCUCUUUGGAAAUGCUUGUGGAUGGAAUGUGGGAGAGUUGGUUUUUUCCUUUAAAUUUCUCCUUCUUUUCUUGUAUGUGAUUUUGUGAUGAGAAACACUUGUCUGAUUUUGUUUGAUUUUGAUCUUGGGUAAGUUUGAACUUGGAGAUGGUUUGAAUUGAUAUUUUAUCAAAAUUUUGAAGAUGUUACAUUAGUAUUAAUUUCUGUUUUCUU